CCAGUGCACACUAGGCGGCCCCCUGCCUCGCGCCUCCGGGAUCUCCGCCCGUGCGGUCCUGGUGCCUUUCUGUGGGGCCAGUCAUUUCCCCGAACGCAGAAAGUAAAGAUUUUGCAGAUAGACCGGCGGGGCUGCGCCCCUGCCCUGGCGCCGGCUGGCAAACCGGCGGAGCAUUCUCUGUGCUGGUGGCGGGGGCGUUCGGAAAGGAGGCGGCCCGGGACCGCCAGGCGCAGUUGGCAUCACGCUUUCGCGCCCGCGUGCGUCCUGUCAGCGGCUUCGGAAAGUCCCAGGGGAAGCCCGCGUGGGCAGAGACGCUUGCUUUGAGUAGGCUGCAUCUGUUUCUGUUUUAAGGCUGAGUGAUGCUCAUUGUGGAGCGCCGAGGCGCCUCCGACGUCGGCUGGCUUGCUCCUCUUCCUCCCUUUCAGCCUCCCUCCGCUCCUUCCUGUCUUAUAUAAACUAAAGGUGCCAUUGAAGAGCCCCAGCCAUGGAAGACAAACCCUUGGUGACAUCGAAACAGAGGACUGAAGUGGUGCGUGGGGUCCCCACCCAGGUGGUCUGCACAGCCUUCAGCAGUCACAUCCUGGUGGUGGUGACCCAGUUCGGGAAGAUGGGUACCCUGGUCUCCCUGGAGCCCAGCAACGUGGCUAGUGACGUCAGCAAGCCUGUGCUCACGACGAAAGUUCUUCUCGGGCAGGACGAGCCUCUCAUCCACGUCUUCGCAAAGCACCUGGUGACAUUCGUGUCUCAGGAAGCAGGGAACAAAGCAGUCCUCCUCGCCGUGGCCAUGAAGGACCGGAGCCUGGAGGGGCUGACGGCCGUGCGGGAGGUGAUUCAGACGUGCCAGGUGUGGUGACCCUGUGGCUGGACAGAGCUCAGUGGGAACUUGGACGUGCUGUCCACUCGAAGACCCAUCUUCAGCAGUCGGAAGGAUGGGCUGCCCUGGCUGCAGCCCUGGCUGCUUCUCUGGAAGCCAGAGAUGUUCCAGUCCCCAGCAGACUUGAUUUGGCCUCCAGCACUGUCCAUGGAGGGCAUGUUGGGAGAGUCUUGAAUAGCUCUCAUUGGGCCAGUUACAUUUGAGAAUUAAAAGGGUGAGUCAGGGCCCUCAGUGUGCAGUAUGAGCUACUGAAGGAAAUUGGUUUUGUAUUAAAGAUGAGUGUUCAACCCAA